AUGCACCCCACCGGGAACAUGGAUGUUGGCUUUACUCGGUCUGCGGUUCAGACCCUGUCCAGAAGCCACUGCAAGAACAUCAAACAGAAGAUUUCCCAGUGGGAAGGAAGAGCUAAUGGUGUAACUAGGCCAGCUAAGCUUCAUCCAAAGGACUUCGGAGUGAGGUAUAACUGCCAGCAAGAGAGUCCUCCUCACAAGUGCCCCCCUGGGGAGGAAAGGAGCCACUCUCAGAAUGGGGGUUUACCCAGGAUUGCAGACGCCAAAAGCCGUGAUCAAAGUGGGGAUAAAAGCGAGAGGCAAGAGUAUACAGACGCCCACCCCUCGGAGAGUGACCCAGACUCCAGCUGGGUGUGUGCUCGGGUCAAACAGAUUGAAAACUGGCAUGCUGUCUCUGGUAAGGAUCCAGAGGCUUCCUUACCGCCAGGAAACUUCUAUACCUCACAGAUACUGUGGAAGAGCAUAGAAGCGCUUCCCCCAGAUAAAGCUUUAAAUGUGGCUUUAGCACCUUGUGACUCUACAGAAAAACAACCGAAUUUCAGAGUUCUGGGUAGUUCUUAUGGAACAACCAAAAGCUUGGAAAGUAUUUAUUGUGAACCCGAGGGGCAAGAAUGUGGACCCUCUAUAAAUCCUCUGCCCAAACCUCGUAGGACAUUCAGGUAUUCAUCUGAAUCUGGCGGCGUGCCAUAUAAAGAAAGAAACUGUGACCAAAAGUACUGUGAGAAUAAUUCCUGUGCGGAGUCUUCUCUGGCUUCUUCUCAGGGUCCCGAACCAAAGAAAUACGGUGGGAAGAUCCGAAGGAGAUCCAAAAGGAAAUCUUUUGAGUUUGAAGAUAUUCAGCACUUUCGGAACUCACGGAAGAUUCAUGACGAACUUGGAAGAAAUGCUGGUUCAGCACUUUAUUAUACACAGUCUGAGGAUAAUAUCUAUGAGGAUAUUAUAUACCCAGCCAAGGAGAAUCCCUACGAAGAUAUCCCUGUGCAGCCGUUUCCCAUUUGGAGAUCCCCUUCAGCAUGGAGGCUGCCACCUGCCAAGAGCGCCUUCAGAACACCCAAGCUCCCUCCCAAACCCCAGUUCCUUCAGCGGAAGACAAUGGAACUGAAGAACUCUCAAGCAUAUUUGCGAUCCAAGCUCAUGAAGGAUACCACUUUGCCUGUCACCUUAACGGAAUGGAAGCUUUUCCGAGCUGGAGAAGUGGCUAACAGGAAAAAGAGAAAUCUCCCACAGCUUGUUUUGAAAAUAAAUGAUACAUUUGAGUCUAAGAGAGGGAAGAAGAGGGUAAAGUUACAGCCUUACACUGGGAAAGAAGCCCCCUCCUCCAAAGGUGAAACCAGUGGGAACGAGAGUGAUGCUGAGUACCUGCCAAAGAAUCGCCACAAGCGCCUAGCACAGCUGCAGCAGUCCUCCAAGAGGAACCCCCACUACCAGACCUUGGAGCGGGACCUUAUUGAGCUGCAGGAACAGCAGCUGUUUGAACUCUUCGUGGUGGUCUCUCUGCAGAAGACGCCGUCCGGAACAGGCUAUGUCCCCCAGGUCAUACAGCAGUUCCCUAGCAAGGGUGAUCAUGGCUAUAAGCAAUCCAAAGACACUGAAGAGAGGCUCAAAGUCAUCCCCAAGUUUUGUUUUCCUGAUUCAGAGGACUGGGUGCCAACCUCAGCGCUCAAGAGUGAAACAUUUUCCUUCGUGUUGACUGGUGAAGAUGGAAGUCGGUGGUUUGGCUACUGUAAGAAGCUUUUGCCAGAAGGCAGAGGAAAGCGGCUCCCUGAGGUGUACUGCAUGGUCAGUCGCUUGGGCUGCUUCAAUCUCUUCUCAAAGAUUCUGGAUGAAGUAGAGAAGAGAAGAGAAAUGUCCCCAGCCCUGGUUCACCCAUUCAUGCGAAGUGUCAUGGAAGCCCCUUUCCCAGCUCCUGGCCGCACCAUCACAGUUAAGAGCUACCUCCCUGGGGCUGGAGAUGGGUCAAUUGAACUCUGCCGGCCACUCGAUUCACGACUGGAACACGUGGAUUUUGAGUGUCUCUUCACGUGCUUGAGCGUGCGUCAUCUCAUCCGGGUCUGUGCCUCUCUCCUUUUAGAGCGGAGGGUAAUCUUUGUUGCCAACAGCCUGAGCACCCUGUCAAAAUGUGGCCACGCCGUGGUGGCUGCACUGUACCCGUUCACCUGGCAGCACACCUACAUUCCAGUGCUGCCCGUGUCCAUGGUUGACAUAGUGUGCUCGCCCACGCCCUUCCUCAUUGGAAUCCUGUCCUGUUCCCUGCCCCAGCUUCAGGACCUUCCCGUUGAAGAGGUGCUGAUAGUUGAUCUCUGUGCAGACAAGUUCCUACAGGAGGUGUCUGACGAGGAUGAAAUUCUGCCGCCUAAGCUUCAAGCUGCCUUGGUGCAGAUUUUAGAAGAUCGAAAUGAAGUCUUGGCCCAGGAAAAGCAGUUUUCACAAGAUGUGACACUGAAUUCCCUGGUGUCUGAAGCAUUUGUCAGGUUUUUUGUGGAGCUUGUGGGGCAUUAUUCUCUGAAUAUGACUGUCACAGAGCGUGGGGAGCGCGUGUUCCAGAGGGAGCCGUUUCGGAAGUCCCACACUUCCCGCAGUGUUCGCCACUUUCUGGAUCUCUUCAUGGAGACACAGAUGUUUGCAGGAUUUGUCCAGGACCGGGAGCUUCGGCAAAGCGGAGUUAAAGGUUUGUUUGAAGUCCGGGCUCUCCAAUAUUUGGAAACAAUUCCUGAGUCGGAACCCAGUGGCGUGAAUAGAAUUUUGCGGAGUCUUGGAAGCAAAAUGAGGUUUCUUCACAAGAAGUGAAAUCUUUGUUUUCAUCCUAAACAUAACUGAAAGUGCCAAAGACAGUAUUUUUCCGAGGAUCUGGAUGCCUUGAAGAGUCCUACAAAGUCCUUGAGAUUGUACAAGGAGAAAGACUGUUGCUGCAGGCCAACUGGGAAUAGUCUAGAACCAAUGUAAUCUCUUCUCCUUCUAAUGCAGGGACUUUGGUUUGGUUAGUUGGUUUUUUGUUUUGUGUUUUUUUGAGACAGGGUCUCUUAUAUUACCCUAUGUUAACCAGGCUGGC